GAAGCCACCUGACUCAAAGCAAGCUGCCAUGGCCAGCCAGUCUCAGGGGAUCCACCAACUCCUGCAAGCAGAGAAGAGGGCCAAGGACAAGGUAGAGGAAGCCAAGAAGAGAAAAGGGAAGCGAUCAAGGCAAGCAAAGGAGGAAGCAAUGGCAGAAACUGACCAGUUCCGAAUCCAGAGAGAGAAGGAAUUUCGAAUGAGACAAUCUAAGGUAAUGGGCUCUCAGAGUCACCUGGCAGAAGAGAUAGAAGAACACACUGCAGGGAAGAUGCAGGGACUGAAAGGAAGCUACAGCAUGGGCAUGGACAGUGUGAUCACGCGGCUUCUGGGCAUGGUCUGUGACAUAAAACCGGAAAUCCACGUGAAUUACAGAGCCGCCAACUAACCGCACACAACGCCCUGUAGAAACGGCUGCGUGGCCAUCUCCUGGUGCCUCAGGGUUCCUUGUUCACAGUAAAUAUUCCUCUUAAAUUGACCGGACAUCUUCACGUUUCAGUGUGACGGAAUUCACAUGGGC